UUACAAGGAACACAACUACGGCUUUGUCAUACAAUUUCAGCUUAAUAUAUGGAUCCGAAGCAAAUCCCACUUGCUCCUAAUUCUUUAUUGUUUACGUAGACAGCUUUUCGGGAAAAAUUUAGAACCUCUUUGGUCGGCUACGCAAGCCUACCUAAUCCAUUAGGUCCGCCGGGCAGCUUUAAAAAUGCAAGAACCUCCCAGAGAACUAAGUCACUUCUGAUCAUCUUCCUAAACUCGGAUGGCAAACGGCAGGCUGGAGGUCCUGUUGGUGGAAGCUCAAGGUAUCAGAGACAGAGACAAAUGCAUUCCUGGUUGCUUAAAUUGCCUAAAUCCUUGUAAUCAAGCAACAAAGCCUUACGUGCACAUCCUGUACGCAGAGCAGGAGCGUACCAGCUGUGUAGCCAAAGGGAAAGGAAAGAAACGAGAGUGGAAUGAGAAAUUCGCGUUUGAGGUGAAGUAUCCGGAUGGCGGAGAAGAUCGCGUGUAUAAGAUCAUAUUUCGCGUCAUGGACCAACACAAGUUCACCGAAGAUGUUUUUGUUGGCGAAUCUACGGUGUACGUAAAAGAUAUACUAUCAAUCGGGGCAGAGAAGGGGAAGCUUGAAGUUCAACCUCGCCUCUAUAGAGUCGUUCAAUCGGACAAGACCUACUCUGGAGAAAUAUCUGUUGCAUUUACCUUCACCAAGAUCAAAGAUGGAAUAGAAGAAAAUCCUGAAGGCCGGAAGGAAUGCGCUAAUCAAGGAUGAAAUGGAAUUAUUAAGGAAAUUCUCAAAUUACCAGAACCACUGAAAAUGUCAAUCGCUAAGGCUUUGUUUGUAUCAGGGAUUUGACGAAAGAUUUGCAACUCUCCAAAAUUCCUCUCGUUGUUUAAUAAAUUGUUUAGGAGAAAUUUGAGUUUGUAAUUCAUUAAUUAUUUCUAUGUUUAAAAUACGUUUAAAGAAUUUGUGAAUUUAAAACCCAAAUACCUCCUAAAUAACUAGAAAAAUGUGAAAGAAUUUCAAAUC